CGUGCGACGCAGCGCGCAUGCGCACAACACUACCCAACCAGUGUCGACCCCAGCCAUCUAUUAUGCUUCUUCGCAAUAAAAGCUACCCGAAAAUCUGCAAGGAAAACGCAACCGGAGCUGCUUGGAGUGAAACGUGCUGACACUCAGGUCCUGAGAUGGGAUGUGUGUGUGGAGGUGGGACUAAGGAGCAGCAAGAGGAUCAUUGAAACUGAGCUAAGAGACGUACAGACGUCAUUCAAGCAACUUCUUUCAAGCAACUGACCAGUAUGUCGGUAGUCACAUCCCCUGCCCAGGUGCCUCCACCAAUUGUAAACCCUCCCCCACCUGAGGUCACGAACCCUGGUAAGCCUGGCCGAAAAACCAACCAGCUACAGUACAUGCAGAAUGUGGUUGUGAAGACUCUGUGGAAGCAUCAGUUUGCGUGGCCCUUUUACACACCUGUGGAUGCCAUCAAGUUGAAUCUGCCAGACUACCAUAAAGUUAUUAAGAAUCCAAUGGACAUGGGAACCAUAAAGAAGCGACUUGAGAAUAAUUACUAUUGGACUGCUGGCGAAUGCAUGCAGGACUUUAACACUAUGUUCACAAACUGUUACAUCUAUAACAAGCCCACAGAUGACAUUGUUCUAAUGGCUCAAGCCUUGGAAAAGAUUUUCCUCCAAAAGGUAGCUCAGAUGCCCCAGGAGGAGGUGGAACUUUUACCCCCACCACCGAAGGGUAAAGCACGGAAACCUGGAGCACCCCCUGCUUCAGAAAACCAACAAUCAAUAGCACUGACUACCGGUUCUCCAUCCUCGUCAUGUCCGAGCUCCCCACCACAGCUGGCUCAGACUCCUGUAAUAGCUGCGACUCCAGUCUCGACCAUCACCUCCAAUGUCCAAGCUGUGCCCCCUGCCAAUUCCAUGAUUCCAACCGCACAGCCUGUUCUCAAAUUUCCUCAGAAGAAAGGGGUGAAGCGGAAAGCAGACACUACCACACCCACAACCUGCGCAAUCACUGCCAGCAGAAGUGAGUCGCCCACUGCGAUGUUAGAGUCCAAACACAGUAAAGUCAUUUCCAGACGAGAGAGCACAGGGCGACCCAUCAAACCUCCCAAAAAAGACCUGGAGGAUGGGGAUGUCCAACAGCAAGGCAACAAGAAAAGCAAGCUCAAUGAUCAUCUCAAAUACUGUGACACUAUCCUUAAAGAGAUGCUUUCCAAGAAGCAUGCGGCCUACGCCUGGCCCUUCUACAAGCCUGUCGAUGCAGAGGCCCUGGAGCUGCAUGACUAUCAUGAAAUCAUCAAGCAACCAAUGGACCUCAGCACUGUCAAAAAAAAGAUGGACAGUCGAGAAUACCAAGACGCCCAAAGCUUUGCGGCAGAUAUUCGGUUAAUGUUCUCAAAUUGUUACAAAUACAACCCGCCUGAUCACGAGGUCGUUGCCAUGGCAAGAAAACUCCAGGAUGUGUUUGAGAUGAAAUUCGCUAAGAUGCCCGAUGAACCCGCAGAGCCGUCCUCGCCCAGUGCGGUGUCAGCCACGGCGGUGGUGAGCAAAAGCACCGGCACCAGCGAGAGCAGCGCAGACUCUUCCAGCUCCAGCUCCGACUCGGAGGAGGAACGGGCCACUCGGCUGGCUGAGCUGCAGGAACAGCGAUUCACUGUGGAGCACCCCAAUGGUAACAGGUCGGGGACAAAAAACGGGUGUGCCAAACGUUUUCAGCUGAAGGCUGUUCAUGAACAGCUAGCCGCUCUGUCACAGGGUCCUGUGAGCAAACCAAAGAAAAAGAAAGAGAAGAAGGAAAAAGAAAAGAAGAAGAAAGACAAGGAGAAGGACAAAGACAAAAACAAGGUCAAGGCGGAAGAUGACAAAAAGGCCAAGUCCACGCAACCGAAUAAGCAAACUCCGCAGAAAAAGACCUCGGCACGGAAACCCAACAGCACGUCCACCACGAGGCAACCGAAAAAGGGCGGCAAACCUGGCGCUGCAAACUACGAGUCUGACGAGGAGGAGUCUCUUCCCAUGUCUUACGAUGAAAAACGGCAACUUAGCCUGGAUAUCAACCGGUUGCCCGGUGAGAAACUGGGCCGCGUGGUCCACAUCAUCCAGUCACGCGAGCCGUCACUGCGAGACUCCAACCCAGACGAGAUCGAGAUCGACUUUGAAACGCUCAAGCCUUCUACGUUGCGUGAGCUUGAACGAUACGUCAAGUCCUGUUUACAGAAAAAGCAGCGCAAACCUUUACCGGGCACUGGGAAAAAGAGUGCCAAGUCUAAAGAGGAACUGGUUCAGGAAAAGAAGAAAGAGUUAGAAAAGAGGCUACAGGACGUGAGCGGACAACUGAACAACAACAAGAAACCACCCAAAAAAGCAGAGAAGGCAGGGUCAGCGCAGGGGGGCGGGCCAUCUCGGCUGAGUGGCAGCAGCAGUUCUUCGGAUUCGGGCAGCAGCAGCUCCAGUGGCUCCAGCUCCGAGAGCAGCGACUCAGAUUGAACUCGAAUCGACACGUUGCAUACUUCAACCUCCUCUAUUUUCUAAUGAGUAGUGUGUGUUGUCAUGAUAGUGUCUUUCUGAAGGCCCAUUUUAUAAAGAGCUAGAUGCUUUGCAGAUGGCAGAGGAUAUUUUAAAAUAGUUUGUAGGAUGCUCUUGACUCAGAUAAAGAGGAGAGUUGGAAUAGUUCAAGCAGUUUUAAGGUUCUCGCUGGCCCUCAAAGGGAAAUGCCUGGUAUCACCAGAGGGGGGAAAAAAAACAACAAAAAAAAGAUAUUUUUUUGAAAAUAUGUCAGUUGUGGAGGUGAAACGGUGUGUGUCUGUUGUUUUUUUUUUUUUUUUUUCUGCCCUUCUUUCUUUUUUAGGUUGCUGCUCGUUAGAUCCAUACUGAAAACAUGCGUUUGUUAGUGGAAAAACUGACAAAUGCCUGGCUGCAUUUUACUGAUCGAGUAGCUACACAUGGUCUCAAAGACUGAAGGAACAAACAGUGAAUUAUCGGCUCUGUCGCUCUGGUGUGGUUCUGUCAUGUUGGCAUGACAUUUCAACUCAUUCCGCAUUUAUUUUGCUGACUAUGAUAAUACUCUUCAUUGUUACCAUUUUUAAGAGAAUCUAUUUAUUUUUUUUAUCCAAAAAGGCACAAAGUUAUGCGUGUUUUCAGCAUUCGGUCUUCACAGAAAUGUUUCCAGUUGACCUGUUUAAAUGUAAGAAAUUUGGAUCAACAUAACUCACUAGAACUCUAGACAGCAUUUGGUAACUCUGGUGUCAGUAUCGUUACUAAACCUUCAAUUUCAGAGGCUUUGCAGUCAUUUUGGCUAUUUCAACACUGUACAUUUUCUCUUCCGGUGCUCUCAGCUCAGUAUUUGAUGUAGAAUUAUGUCUGAAUUUUUUGUUUGUAUGUUUUUAAUCUAUAUCAUACGCUCAUUUGUUUGUUUUAUAUUUGGAUUGUCUUCUGUAAUUUUUUUUUUUUUUUUUUUUUUACUAUUGAUAUGUAGGUGCCCUGAGUAUCUCUUAUCCAAUUUUCUAUCUGAUAAGCCUCAUCUUUACCAAGUCCAUUCAUAGGACAAUCAAAGUUGUGAUUCAAGUUCAGUAUAUAUGAAAUUGAGGUAUUUUAGAGUGUCCGAGUACACUCAAAAAUAAUGGCAAAAUACAUUCAGAUGUUU